AAGGCCCAAAAUCUGAAAAUCCCCCCCAACAUAUAUCCAACCUCGUUUUUGAACAAACAACCUCUUCCAAAGUUGGAAACUCACGGGGCAGCCAGUCUCUGUCUCUCUGUGGCUCUUGUCUGUGCCCCCCUUUUCACAACACACGAAGAUCCUCGUCUUUCACACUCUUUAAACCAAAUGAUGAAACUUUCAUAUUUGAAAGCAAAGGGCAAAUAAUGUUGUGUGGCAGUGGAUUCUGAUGAGGGGGCCAGAGUGGAGAGUUCUGCUGGAGCUGAGUUGGCUGCAUAUGAAGGAGAUACAGUUCUAGAACCAUAUGAGGGUAUGGAAUUUGAAUCUGAAGAUUCUGCCAAGAUAUUCUAUGAUGAGUAUGCACGGCGGCUAGGAUUCGUUAUGCGAGUGAUGUCUUGCCGUCGCUCUGAAAGAGAUGGGAAGAUUCUUGCUCGCCGGCUUGGAUGUAAUAAGGAGGGCCACUGUGUUAGCAUUCGUGGUAAGUUUGGGCCAGUUAGAAAGCCACGGCCAAGCACAAGGGAAGGUUGUAAGGCAAUGAUUCAUGUAAAAUAUGAUAAGUCUGGAAAAUGGGUGAUCACAAAAUUUGUAAAGGACCAUAAUCAUCCACUUGUGGUGUCCCCACGUGAAGCUCGCCAAACAAUGGAUGAAAAGGAUAAAAAAAUCCAGGAAUUGACUGCAGAGCUGCGGAAUAAGAAACGGUUAUGUGCAACAUACCAAGAACAGCUAAAUGCAUUCAUGAAAAUGGUUGAAGAGCAUAGUGAACAGAUAUCCAAGAAAGUUCAAAAUGUAGUUGACAAUCUUAAAGAAUUUGAGUCCAUAGAGCAAGAUCUUCUUCGCCAUAGAUAGCCUUGGCAUUUAGACAAUAGGAAGAAACAGUAACAGAAAACCAAGAUGACUUUUUGUGUCAUAUAUAAUGCAAGUGAUAAUGGAGCUCCAUUGAUUUGGUGAUCGAUGUCUAUAAAAGGCGUGUGUUGUAAUAUUUAAUUUUUUUUUUUUUUAAACGGUGUAGCAAGUAGGAAGAAGAGUGUCUGGGUUUGAGGGAAAAUUUAAAUACUAGAGGAUGAGCUCCUCAACCUUUGUAAGUGAUGCAUACUUGUGAUUACAUAGGUCCUAGGUGUCUGAAAGCUUAGAUAGAAUUCCUCUUUCUUUUUCUCCACCCUUCUUUUGCGGAUUAUUUCAUAAUCCAAUUUGUUGAAGUAGUGUUUUGGUUGUAUUUUAUAAAUGUAUAAUUUUGAUUUAUGUAAUCUAAACCAAUUGUAACAUGUUUACUCUUGAUAUGCUAUUGGAAUUCAGGUUUUUUAUUAUUA